AUGGCCUUGGGUCCCCUUUUUUGUGCAGCAAGGAACAUUGUCGCUGACCACGUUAGGUCUCCCAUUGUGGGUCCAAAAUCUUCGAUUGCGGACACCAGAAAAAGCCACAUGGCGCAGCAAGGGAGAACGCUGAAUUCUAUCUACAUGUCUUUCAAGCUGCAAAACCAGAUGGGAAAACAUCUUAAAUCCUUGAGAUCCUUGAUCUUGAAUGUCUCAUUCAAGGGUGCAAAAAUGACUUGUGAUGAGUAA